AUGCCAAGCCAUCAAUAUUCGCUGGACUUGAUUCAGCAUCAACUCGCCUCGUCCAUCAUCGAGCAACGCGGCUCGGACGGGUACAUCAACGCCACCCAACUCUGCCAGGCUGCUGGCAGGAGGUGGGACCAGUACGUUCGGGAGGAAGCUAACGGCAGAUUCCUGCGCGCGUUGUCCAAGAGCGAGGGCCUUGAAGUGCCCAAGCUCUACCCCACGGUGACCGCUGGAGACGGACAAGUAAACGUCUGGGUGCACCCGAAGGUGGCCAUCAACUUGGGUCAGUGGCUGUCGGGCGAGUUUGCCGUCAAGGUCGCCGACUGGGUUUACGCCUGGAUGAACGGCGGCGUGCGGCCGAGGUCGGCGCAGUUGCCGUAUCACUUGCAGCGGCACAUGCAGAACGUGGGUAAGGUGCCGCACACACACUUCUCAAUCUUGCAGGAGAUGACUACAACCCUCAUCGCGCCGCUUGAGGUGCAGGGCUACACGCUGCCUGAAAGCAUGGUGCCGGACAUCUCGCAGGGGCGCAUGUUCUGCAAGUUCGCGCGUGAGAGUCUCGGGCUGGACACCGAUGCGUUGCCUACAUAUCAGCACGAGUUUCCCGACGGGCGCGUGGUCGAUGCAAAGCUGUACCCAGUCGAGCACUUGGGCUCUUUCCGGCAGUUCAUCAGCACGGUCUGGAUGCCUCAACGGGCGGCCGGCUACUUCAAGGACCGUGACCCGCAGGCCCUGCCGCUGCUCGACAAGGUGCUGCAGGUGGGAUUCAGCCCACCGCGGCUGGGCAAGCCCGUUGCGCGGAAAAAGCGCGCGUAA